AAGUGUAUUUGCACCACAGGAAGAAACAUCUGUUGAUAACCGUUAUGCUAACCUUUUAGGAUAGCUUUCAUAUGCUGCGUGUUAUAUUUCACAGUUAGUCGAGUCUGUUGGCUAAACAAUAACACAAAUUAGCUGCUAGUUUACCCCGCGCAUGACCAGCGUACUGCCGUAAACGUUAUGACUGGUCUGCUUUUUAAAAUCAGGCUGUACUCUUAGCAUUAGCUUUUACCAAAGUCCGACAGGCAGACAUGGAGACGCGGGGGAUUGAGGACAUGUUUGACUUUCGUCGGUUUCCCAAAGAUCCGGUGCUUCUCCUGCUGUUGCUGAUUUACUUCCCAGUUGGCAUUUGUUUGAUGCUAAUACGGAUUUUUAUUGGUGUUCACAUCUUCCUGGUCAGCUGUGCCCUUCCUGAAAGUUUUGUUCGAAGGUUUAUUGUGAGAGUUAUGUGCUCGGUCCUGGGCAUGCACGUGAGACAGAGAAACCCUCGCUCCAGAGACAAAAAUACCAAGCUGUACAUAUGCAAUCAUGUGUCCGAGUUCGAUCACAACAUCAUCAACCUUCUGACCUCCUGCAGUACCCCCCAGUUAGAAGGCUCCACAGGCUUUGUGUGUUGGGCCAGAGGUUUCAUGGAAAUCCACUCGGCUUCUAGCCAGGAAGCAGUGGGAGAGACUCUUCAGAGGUACUGCUCUACCGACGGCACCCCUCCUCUGCUCCUGUUUCCUGAGGAGGACACCACGAACGGCCGAGCCGGUCUGCUCAAGUUCAGCUCCUGGCCGUUCUCCCUGACUGGAUCUAUCCAACCUGUGGCCUUACGAGUGACCAGACCGCUGCUUUCUUUGAGCACGCUGGGGUCUAGUUGGCUGACAGAACUCGCAUGGACAUUUUUUGCUCCAUGGACAGCGUACCAUGUAAGCUGGCUUCCUCCCGUUUCCAGACAGGAGGGUGAGUCGACGCAGGAGUUCGCCAACAAAGUCCAGGAGCUUCUUGCAGCUGAACUUGGUCUCAUUUCCACCAAGAUCACAAAAGCCGACAAAGUCGAACACAUCAAAAGGAAAAGACACACAGUCCCACCAACGGCUACUAGCAUCAGACCCAGUUCUAUUGGCCUUGGCUUCAUGGCCCAGAGUUUGGGCACAGAUGACCAUCGGAUUGCUAAAAUGGCCCAGCAGGUGAAGGACGUGCUGCCACAUGUCCCAUUGAGUGUCAUCACAAAGGACUUGGCAAAGACCAGCUGUGUUGACACCACCAUAACAAACCUGCUGGAGAACAAGGAUGAAGCUACCGGGACGUCCAACACUGGCUCCUUCUCUUCUUACUCUCCUGCAGCUAUAAAGCCAGCGGCCAAAAGCUUUGGAAAAUCACCGUAUGACAGACAUUUGUCUCUCCAACAGCGAAAGGAAGCCCUGUAUAAUUUUGCACGAAGACGUUACACAGAGAAGCACGGUCUGGAGCAGGAUGCUGAUCACUGAGCAAACGUUUGGUCAAGCCGUUACGCAAAGCUGAUCAGGAAGAAGCAUAUUAAACAUGUCUCAGUCUGCCAUGAAUGGGUUUUUUAUUCUAUCAACUGGUUCUGUUGAAAAAGCAGAUUUAGUUAUUUUGCAAAUGUUAGCAACAAGUAUUCAGAACAUGUGCACAUUCAUGGAAUGUUGGUUAUGCAUGUGUUUAGUUUUUAAUUCUGACCGACGCAUAAUUUUGAUAAGUUUGUACAACAACCCACUGACUGUAAAUCAUCUAUUUAUUUUUAUAAUGUCCAGAGUUGUUGAUGAAAAUAAAUUUCAGCUUGACCUUG